CAGCGUUCGAGUUGGAGCAAGAGGUUAAGAAUCACCAGCAAAUUGAAAAGCACAAAGCUGCAAGAUGUCGGGCCGAAGUGGGAAGAAGAAAAUGUCCAAGCUGUCACGCUCAAGCAGGGCGGGUGUUAUUUUCCCUGUGGGGAGGAUGAUGCGCUACUUGAAGAAAGGAACAUACAAGUACCGGAUAGGUGUGGGAGCACCAGUUUACAUGGCAGCCGUCAUAGAGUACCUAGCAGCUGAAAUUCUAGAAUUAGCGGGAAAUGCAGCACGAGACAACAAGAAAGGAAGAAUUGCCCCCAGACACAUCCUCCUGGCAGUUGCAAACGAUGAGGAACUGAAUCAGUUGCUAAAAGGUGUGACUAUUGCAAGUGGAGGUGUCCUGCCCAGAAUUCAGCCAGAGCUUCUAGCCAAGAAACGGGGUGCCAAAGGCAAAUCUGAGACCAUCCUUUCCCCUACUCCUGAGAAGAAGGGAAGGAAAUCCAUGGUGAACAAAAAGAGUGGGAAGAAGGCAAAGUCUACCAAGGCCCGGACACCCAAAAAGAACAAACAAAAGGACAGUGACAAAGAAGGAACUUCAAAUUCAACAUCUGAAGAUGGACCUGGGGAUGGUUUCACUAUCUUGUCCUCCAAAAGCCUCGUGCCAGGACAAAAGCUUUCUCUGACACAGAGUGACAUCAGCCAUAUUGGCUCCAUGAAAGUAGAAGGCAUCGUUCACCCUACAACUGCUGAAAUAGACCUCAAGGAGGAAAUAGGCAAGGCGUUGGAAAAGGCCGGAGGGAAAGGACCUUUGGAAGUUGCUGAAGCUGCACUUACUCAGUCUAGCGGCCUAGCUGCAAAGUUUGUCAUCCACUGUCACAUCCCACAGUGGGGCUCAGACAAAUGUGAAGAGCAGCUUGAAGAGACCAUAAAGAACUGCUUAACAGCCGCAGAAGACAAGAAGUUGAAGUCCGUGGCUUUCCCCCCGUUUCCCAGUGGCAGAAACUGCUUCCCAAAACAGACGGCAGCCCAGGUGACUCUAAGAGCCAUUUCCACCCAUUUUGACGGCACCAGCUCCUCCUCCUUGAAGAACAUUUACUUUCUGCUCUUCGACAGUGAAAGUAUUGGCAUCUAUGUGCAAGAAAUGGCCAAGCUAGACACUAAGUAGCAACGGCAGCCAAAUGAAACUUUUAUUUUUCAACAAACUUGAGUAGCAUUAAAAGCAUUAGAGGUGGGUUUUAUUUUUUCAAUGUGAUGAAGAGGGGGACUGGUAGUAGCGUGAUGUGUUGUGACUUGAUGAAGAGCUGUGACUAGAGAUGAGAGGGGUUUAGUCUGAUUUCUUCAUGCUAUCAGCAUCCUCUAGCCACUUAUAUCACCUUAAGCGAUUGAGUUACCAUCUCUUUUCAGGAGUUUGUUUAGUGUCCCUUGUUGCUUUAGUUUAGAAGAUUUUAAAGAGUAACCUCAUUUUAGAUUUGUAGUGAUGAAUUUUUCACACACACACACACAUACACACACUCUUUAAAGAAAGCUCUUAAAAACGUUCUGCUCCCUUUUCCCCUCCCUUGAGGGCAGAUGGUGAACUUCUGCCCCCAGCCUACAGAGGGGGGAAAAGGAUUUUAGAAGUGAUGCAUGAGGAGCUUCUGUUUUGCUUUUAACUCACAAUAAUCUCUGUAAUUACUGAGAAUAUUUCAUGGUGAUUUUGUUUGUUUUAUAAGAAAAAAAGAAAAA